AUGAUCCAGUCAAGGCGUAGGUGGGCGAUCAGGAGUGUCGUCCUCGUUGUUCUCCUCCUGGUUUCCUCCCUCAUUGCUCCGUCUGUUGGGGCUAGCGAAGAUUUGGAUGAACUCGAGCAGUUGCUCGCCAUCGAGGAAGAGGACGAGGGAACGGGUGAGGUGGGGAUCUCAGGGAAGCCCUCCGAGGCGGAAGUCCUGAAAAGGGCCCAGGGGAUCGUCCUCGAGCUCAGCAAUGACAAUGCAAAGCGGGUCGUCGAUGGGAAUGAGUUCGUCCUCGUUCUGGGCUACGCGCCGUGGUGUCCACGGAGCGCCGAGCUGAUGCCCCGCUUCGCAGAGGCCGCGACGGCGCUCAAGGAGAUGGGAGGCCGUCUGGUAAUGGCGAAGCUCGAUGCUGAGCGUCAUGUCAAGGCGGCGUCUCUCCUUGGCAUCAAGGGCUUCCCCAGUUUGCUUUUCUUUCAAAACGGGACUGCCCAGCCGUACACAGGAGGAUUCGCUGGGUGAGCUCAUCGGUUCCUCAAUAUCCAGUGGAUUUGCCUCAUGCAUAUCUUUGGUAACUUCCUUCUUUCUACUGACCGGAAUUGAUACCACGAAUGAAAUGGGUAAUUGCACUUAUCCCAACAAUUUGCUCCCUCCCUCUGCUGUGUUUUGGCUGUACAGCUCUUACCCCUCGUUGCUAUCAUCAUGCUUAGUGCUUUGGCUGGCGAAUAUUUACUUAAGUGAUGACAACAAUUUAUCUGGCAUUUGAUGGUCUGGCAGAUUCUUCACUUAUUCCAUAUAUGUUGUUCAUAAAACCUGAAUGAAGACGGAAAACUGGUUUUUCUUUUAUUUUUCAGCAUUAAAAUCUUUUCCUAAAAUGAGUUUUCAAUUUUUAUGUCAUCAAAUGGUUAAAUUAUGAAGGCAACUCGAGCAAAAAAAAAACGAACGGCAUAAGUUGGCUGUCUGUGAGGUGAUGGAGCUCUUCAACAUGAUGAACUGGAGCAGUUAGUGAAGCGAUUACUUGGGGCAACGUCUGGUGGUGGUUUUCCCUGUGUUAUACUUUUAUCUGGGAGAUGGCGAAACACAACAAAAAUUACGUCAAGAAGACGGUUGGCAUCAUCCUUGGGAAUCUGAGGAAGUAGACGAGUACUUUGGGCUGACUGUUCCUUGUCUUGGAUUCAGAGUUUGGGAUCGGCCUACGUAUUUACAAAUUUUUUGUACAGGGAUUUAGCUCUCAACAAUGCAGUGUGUGGUCAAGGCAAAAAUUGAAAUUUCACCAUGAGAGCAUCUGUCAAGGCCUUAACAAAUCAGUUAGUGGGAUCCAUUUUUGAGAUCCACUGGGAUUCAAACUAGGGAUCAGAGCCUUUGUCAGACUCAACAAGUGGGACCAGCUGGUUCAGUACCCGGCAAUCCACGAUUUUACCAUCUAGUUUUGAUAUGAGGGGAAAAAAUUGAAUGAUAUGGUUUAAAUUAUACGGUAAUUUAUCUGCUGGUCUGAUCAAUUAGAUGCGAUGGCAUUUCCGUAAGAGUGACAGGAAUUUUCUUGUGGAAUUAUAGCUAUUUUUUUUUUUUGAAUUUUUUGAAUUUUUUGAAUUUUAGGGGAAAUUAAUCACGUACAUAUAUGUAGGUAUAUAUAGUGUAAAUUUUCUUUUCGCUGAUUUCAUAUACCGUGACUAUUCUUUCCAGGGAAGAAAUAGUUAUUUGGGCACAAAAGAAGACUGGUUCACCCGUGAUUAGGCUAAAAUCAACAAGUGCAGCAGAAGAGUUCCUUAGAGCGCAUCAAACCUUUGCCAUUGGAUGCUUUGAAAAUUUUGAGGUAAGGAAGUUACGCUUCUGUAGCAAUAGCUUUCACAUAAGGCAGUCGCGUUCUUCAGUUGAUAUCAUAGGCACAAAGUUCAUAUCGAGUUCCCCUAUUCAAUCCGUGUCGUGGCUCUGUUGAGAAGCUUCCAUCUCUGUGUAUUCUUGUAGCCUGGGCAGGGCCUGGUUUUAUGGGGUUUGGGUUUGAGGCCACCCACGAGCUGUGGUACUCCGUAGAUAGGCACCAGUGUUAGAACUAGGUGAUGCAGAUCAGCAGCCUAUCAGCCGAUAGUGCCUGCCACCGGCUGUUAAAAAAAAGAAACAAAAGGAUUUUAUACCAAUUACACAACAGCAUUCACUCGGGCACUGUUGGUGUCGUUUGAUUUUUUUUCUGCAAUAAUUUUUUUUCAACUUUUUUCUUGAUAAUGAUGUUCUGUCAUUAGUAACAGUCUUCAGAUGUACCCUCUGCGGCUACCUUCUUAGCCUCAUGACCGUCCAGUUCAAUUUAAUUAGUCAUCCCAUAUACCUCCUCAAUGUUCUUUUCUGAUUGCUUAGGAAAUGAAAUCUCUUUUCUGUUGUUCAUUCAUCUUCAUGCCAUAUGCUUAGUUCUGUCUGUUCUUUCAAAAUAAUGUCCAUUCUUCUGUUUUCCUUUGCCUGUAAAUUAGUAUACUUCCUGUGAUUUUUGACUCAAUAAAUUAAUAUACUUCCAUGGAGUUUCAUCCUCCUGAUUUAGGCAACAUGAUGCAUUUUUGUAAUCACUCAGAGAGAUAUAAAGCAUACCCAUUCAGCUUCAAUCAAUAAUAACUUUGAAUUUGUUAAAUAUUUUCAUAAACUUGCAUGGCUUUCAAUCAGAGUAAUAUUUGCAUUGCAUCAUUUUUAUAUGUUACAAUUUUCUGCUCCCGUAAUGUUGUUUUUUUCUGCAUAUUGCGAUUUAAAGUUUAGGGAAGUGUCCCAUAACACCGUUUUGCUUCUUUGUUCCCUGGGCUCCAUUGUCUUACAUUUAUCAGUAAUUAAUUGAUGACUUACUUUUUCAGGGUCCUGAGUAUGAGGAAUUUGUAAAAGCAGCUGUUGCAGAUAACAAUAUUCAAUUUGCCGAGGUUAAUGACUUAAAUGUUGCUAAAGUUCUUUCUCCGGAUAUAAAAAAUGGAAAGCAUUUCCUCGGCCUCAUCAAAAGUGAACCUGAGGUGUUUGUGGAGUUUGGUAUGUUGCCGGUAUCAGGCCAUAACCUUUGCUCAACGGAGUUCUGCACUAGAUUUAAGAUUUUCUAUUGUUUACUUUUAAGUUGACUUCGGAGAAUAUCCUUCUCCAAAGUGCGACUAGGCUAGUCUAUGUGAUCCAUAAUCAUUUGAAUGCAUUUUCCAUUCAUUUUUUUUCAGGAUAAAUUAAAAAUGAAGAAUUUUUCAGUUUCCACCAUUUUUAACUAAAUUUAAUCACUGCUGACCAUUGAAAUGGGACACACCGUUCAGUUCCUGUGAGUUCCGAAACCCAACCUUCCCUCCCCAGAACCCAUUCUGCUUCAAUGUAAAAGACAAUUCUUUUAAAAGUUAAUCAAUUUUUUUAUCUAAAAUAAGAAUAAAAUUUGAAAGUACACGCCACAUGAAUGAUUUUCAUCUGGUGUACUGGUGUGAUGAUUUUCAUGUUUGCCAGGUUUAAUGCCUUACAUGUAUCAUUAGGAUAGUAAUGAGAGCACACUUUACAAACUAGUCGCAGUUGUACCAUUCUUCAAAUGAUUUAGGCCUUCUGUGUCCUUUGUACGUAUGUAAUUUUUAUUUCUUUGCUUGCUCCUAGAAGUGCAAAGCAUGCUCACCUCUUGUCAAACCUGACUAGGAACAGGAAGCAAGUAUCCAUGCUUUUCACAACCGAUGAUCUUUUGUUUCUUAUGGAGAAAAUGUGAAGUAGAUGUGUUUACUUGGGAACAUUUUGUUAAUUCAUCUCUGUCUAAGAAGAAUCAAUUUAUGCUGUUUGUGUCUUAUUAAUUAUUUUCAACUCUUAUCUUGAUAAUUACCCAUUUCGUUGCCUUUUCAGGAGAUGUUUUUGAGGCAGACAAAAUACUGCGCUUCAUUGAAUUCAACAAGUUUCCAUUAGUCACCACCCUAACUGAGCUCAAUUCUGCCAGAGUCUUCUCAAGCCCAAUAAAUCUUCAGGUCAGUAUAUAACCUCAUCGUUUUUUUCGUGUAAUUAACCUCAUCAUUCUAUGAAAUGGGCGAGACAGACACAGAUUUUCUGUAUGUGGUCAUCUAGUUGUUUAGAACCAUGGUCUGAAAGGAUUGCGAGUCCUAUUAUUUCAACUUCGCCGUGUACCCAUUACUGAGAUGCAUGAGACGACUGUCAUAUUGUAAAAUUGGCGUUUGAAGUUAAUACUUUAUCAAACUUACUUUUAAUAUCAGCUGUUGUCCUGUUUUGCACAUUCCGAGAAAAACAGCAUACGGAUUUUGUGACUAUUUGUGGUACAAUGUCAUCACCGAUACCUGGUCACUUGAAUCCAUAUACAAUGUCUUUCAAGCUACUCUUUCAUUCUUAACCACAAAAAUAGGUCAUCCCAGUUGCUGCUGUUUUUCUUCAAUUCCUCAUUUUAUUUUUUUACUAGUUUUUAGGUAAAACUGAGUGUUCUCAGGAAAUUUUUGAGUUCGUGUAAAAAGAAAAAAAUGGCAAUCAUUAAUUCUCGAUUUUUUCAAGCAGGAAUCAACUAAAAAAAUGGUUUGCAGGUGUUUGUCUUUGCAGGGGCAGAUGACUUCAAACAUCUUCUCUCGCCUCUCCAGGAUGCUGCUAGGAAGUAUAAAACAAAGGUUCUGCUUUCGUCACCUAUCAGCUUUUGAAGAAAAACCCUGGAACAAGAUCUUUGAUACCUCUUGUAUCCAUGCAGAUAAUGUUUGUAUAUGCAGACUCUGCGGAAGACAACCUUUCAAAACCCUUCCUGACUUUAUUUGGUCUUGAGGCAGAUAACCCUGUGGUAAGUCCAGCACGACAUCAUCAAGUACCAUCCUCACAGGGCCUCUCGUUGUUUCUAUUACCCUGCACAGGCCCAUUAAUAGCUUUUCAGUCCUGCUGCUUGGAGAGGCCUGAAAAAAAUAGCUUUUUCAGCUUACAUUAGUCAUUGGAAAGCCUUUAUAUAUCGGUUGAUACAUCUUCCUAUUAUUAUUCGGAGCUGAUCAUCUUCUUCAGAAAGCUGCAAUCUGGCAGAUGGGAUAUGUUUUAUAUGAAGUACUUUAAGAUAGCAUUACCCAGCCAUAUGCCAUUCAAGCUUGCUGCUAGUGCUUACCAGGGGUGGUUGAAUCAUCAUCUCGGUUUUCGGACAGGUGACUGCAUUUGAUAGCAGAACUGGCGCAAAGUAUUUGUUGGAGUGGGAUCUCACGCCCAAAAAUCUUGACGUAUGCGUUAAUCCUAGAACUCUGGCUUAUUCAUAAUCCAAUUUAUUUUUUGACCGCUUUCAUUGAUUACAUUUCUCCAGGAGUUCUGUUCAGGUCUACUGCAUGGCACCCUCACACCGUACUUCAAGUCAGAGUCUGUUCCACAAACUGUAAGGACUUUUCCUGCCACUUGCUGUCUUCUUUGGUUUUAGUCCAAGGGGGGGUUGACUUUUUUCGAGCUCUAUUUUGAGAACCCAUAUCUACUCCCGUGCACCAAAUGCAGACAGGAAUUGUUCGAAAAAUUGUGGGAAGAACUUUUGGUCCCGUCAUCAUAGACAGUUCUGAGAAUGUCUUCCUCGAGGUUUGUGUGCUUGCUAUACUUUGUUUUUUCUAUGAAAUCAGACAUUUGGUCAUUCUAAGUCACUGUCAUGAUCUGAUUAUCAAGGUCUACUCGCCAUGGUGCAUCGAUUGUGAGGCCACAAGCAAGCAGGUUGAGAAGCUGGCGGAGCACUUCAAAGAAGUUGGCAGUCUGAUAUUUGGUAGGAUAGACGCUUCACUGAAUGAGCACCCGAAGCUUCAGGUAUGCAAACUGGCCGAGCCAAUUAUACCCGAGAAUCUCAAACUAUAAGAAUCUCAAGUGAGUGAAUUCCUUUGGAAGAAUCGUCACAGAUAAAUCUUAGCUUCUUCAUCAGAAGGGUUCUCUCCGAAUUAAUCAAAACAGUUUAUCCAGUAUGCUAGCUUAUGAUCAAAAUAUUAUGCUCUCCAGAAGAAACCAAGAAGAAAAAUCAUGGGUCUACAGUCACAUCGGAUAUGUGAUUAGGCGAGGUUUAGUGAAGUUCCUAGUUCGAAGCUCUCCAGCGGCAGGGCUCAAGAUAUCCCACAGAUAAUCAUAUCAUAGAACACAAUUGAUCUAACGGGCAAUAUUCCUCGCCGUUGUUUGCAGGUUGAGAACUUUCCGACCCUUUUGUUUUACCCGUCAGGAAAUAAAUCUAACCCGGUGAGUGAAUCAGUCCAUCAAUGGGCAUCCUGGUUCUCCUGUCUUGUUUUCUGAUGUUCAUUACAUGUCCAGGUCAAGCUUUCAAAGAAAACAAGCUUUGGGGGGGUGGUUGACUUCAUCAACAAAUAUGUGGCAUCUGAGGAAGUCAAAGCCCUCUCCACAGACGAGACCACCAAGGAUGAGCUAUAG